UCCACCGACCUGAAAGCUGUUGGGCACUGGCCGUGGUGCUGAAACCGAGGUCAAGUCUGAAGGCGGAGCCGAGGUUGAGGAUUGGGGCGGGGGCGGGGACGAAGGAGGAGCAGCAAGGAGGGCGGAGAAGAGGGCCGGGGCAGAGGUGGGGAGAUACGCGCUGGGGAAAAGCAGACCCAGCUGGGCCUAGGAGAAGACGUAUAACAGGAGGAUCGGCACAGGAAACCAGGACAAUCUCCCCUGCUGAAACCCUAUGACUGUCUGCCUCUUCUACCCCGCCGAUAGCUAUGCCUAGAGUGGAACCUCCCAUGGCCAUCUCCCUGCUCUACUCCACAACUCACCCUUGAGCUUUCCCUAACCCAGGCCAGGGGCGUGGGCUCAAUCCUUGGCUCUGGUCCUGAAGAUACCCCUCAGUCUCUCUCCUGUAGGUUCCCCCUCUCUACCUACGUUCCAUGACGAAGCUGCUGCCUGCCCAAGAGGCAGCCAAGAUCUACCACACUAACUAUGUUCGGAAUGCCCGGGCAGUGGGGGUCAUGUGGGGUACCCUCACUAUAUGCUUCUCUGUUCUGGUCAUGGCUUUGUUUAUUCAACCCUACGAUUGGUGAGACAGUAUCAACACACCCCAGGCUGGCUACUUGGCCUCUUCUCCCACUGUGUGGGCAAUGCUGACUUCAGAGCUUAUUUGCAAGGGCAGCCCCCUGGAAUCAAGACCCAUACCUGGUCCUUUAAGACAUGCCAUGUUCUUUGUGGCUGUUGCUAUGUUUCUCAUCAUUGGCUCCACCAUCUGCUUCAGCCUCUUUUUGUCUGCAACACAGCCUACUGUCUACAAGAUCUGUGCCUGGAUGCAGCUGGCAGCUGCUACAGGUUUAAUGAUUGGCUGUCUGGUCUACCCAGAUGGCUGGGACUCCAGUGAGGUAAAGCGCAUGUGCGGGGACCAGACAGAUAAGUACAACGUUGGCGCCUGUAUCCGUUGGGCUUUCCUGCUCGCCAUGAUCAGCAUCAUGGAUGCCCUCAUUCUCUCACCUGCAUUUGUUCUCGGUUACCGGCAAGACAAACACCUCCCCUCUGACUACAAGGCAGAUGGAAAUGGUAGCAUGUGA